AAAAGAUUAGGAGUACGAUUCCGAUAUUAACUCCUGCCGUCGGCCCUUAUUCUCAAACAUACGUUCUGACAUUGGGGAAACUAGUUUUUCGACUUCAACUUCACGGUCACGUGAUCGAAGAUUUGACCUCACUCCCUUCCCCUUCCCCUAUACCUGGCCCAACGCUCCUAUCCAAACUCAACCAGUCUUCCCAAUAAUGGCGUCUCUAGACUCCAAAGUCGCCGCCAUUGUCGAUAACGCCACAAAAGAUAACCAUGACUCAGACGACGAAGAUGCUCUGAUAGCUGCGCUCGAAAACGACGACAGCGAGCUGGAUGCGUUUCGCGAGCAGCGUCUGCAGCAGCUCCAUGCCGAAUACAAUCGGGCGAAGCAGUUGAGGGCGAGCGAUCAUGGGACGUAUGCUGAGAUCAAAGAUGAGAAAGUCCUAUUGGAUAUCACGACCAGUACCAAGAAGUGCGUGGUGCACUUUUUCAAGCCGGAUUUCGGGAGAUGUAGGGUGAUGGAUGGACAUUUGGAGUCCCUCGCCCCCUCGCACUACGAAGCCCGCCUCCUAAAAAUAAAUGUCGACAACUGUCCCUUCCUCGUCACCAAACUCAAGAUCCAAGUCCUCCCCUGCGUCAUCGCCUUCAUAGACGGCAUAAGCGUAGACCGCAUCAUUGGAUUCGAAGGCCUGGGCCGCACGCCAGACAGCUUCACCACGCGCGAUCUGGAAGCCCGGUUGAUUCGUGCGGGCGUGUUCGAAAGGCAGAAAGUGGGUGAAGAGGAGGAGACGCAGGCCGGGUGGAACGUCAGGAGGGGAAAGGCGAAGGAGGAGGAGGAUGACGACGAUGAUUGGGAUUGAGCGAGUCAUACGGUGAUCCUGCAUUUAUCUAUAGCUCACUGAGGGUUUCGAAGCGCAUCAAGCCACAUCUUCCCUCUUCGCAGAUGGGAAGAGGACGGCAGUAAACGGAACACCAUUCCCCGGCCGCAAGAGCGCUCAAAAAACGGUGCUGCGAAUGCCGGUAGUUUGUACCACACAAAGCAAGUCAGCAAAGCCAUGAUGAGGCGAAACUACUGGGGUGGAUGGAAAGACACCUCAGAAUUGUCCAUGCAGGUACCUUGCUGUGGCUGCACAGGAACUUACAAAGAAGCAGUAUUCUCACAGCAAUGAUCAAUGUCCU